GAACGAACGAUAAAUAUCUAUAUUUGCGUGAAAUGAGCCAAGUCGUCAAAUAGGUUAUCAACGUUUUGCGUAUGUGCGUGUUUAACGUUUCGAAGAACGUAUCUGCCGUUUUCAGCAUAUAGUAACGAUCGAAUAGUUAGAAGUUUGUAGGCAUGGCACAAGACGAGGAAAGCAAGCUGAUUAGAGAAGAUUUUGAUGCCGGUCCAUCGAGUUUUGACGAAAUCGAACCAGAUCUAUUUCUAGGGAAUCUCACAGCUGCCACGGAUGUGGAAUGGUUGAAAGAAAUUAAUAUGACUCAUGUACUUACGGUAGAUUCGUGUCCUCUACCUAGAAAGAUUCAAGAACGUUUGCCCAAUCUCACCGUAAAAUAUAUUCAAAUAACAGAUAUGCCAAGAGAAGAUUUGUUAACUCAUUUGGAAGAUUCUUACGAAUUUAUCGAUCAAGCAUUAAAAUCAAAUGGUAGAACGCUGGUACAUUGUUACUUUGGUGUUUCCAGAUCUGUUAGCGUUGUUAUCGCAUAUAUUAUGAAGAAACAUAGAAAAUCUUUUUUAGAUGCAUUGGAAAUAGUCAAGCAAAAGAGACAUUUUGUUGGACCAAAUCCUGGAUUUAUAGCGCAAUUGAAAUUAUACGAAGAGAUGGACUUUGGCAUAGACAAUACUAAUGUUCAAUUUAAAAUGUACAGAUUGCAAAUAGCUGCGGAUAAAGUGAGAAAAGUGAAAAUUUUACCCCAAAAUUGCAUCGAUUUAAUAAAGCCAGAUCCUGCGUUAACGACCGUACGUCCAGAACCGACCGUCUAUCGUUGUAGAAAGUGUCGAAGGAUCGUGGCCAGUGCGAGUAAUAUUUUACCGCAUACAAUGCACCAAAGGCACAUUUGGCGACACGUCAGUUCGAAACGAACGUCCAAACAGAUAAAAGAAGGGGAAGAAGGAGCAGAACGCGUAAAUGUAAAGAAAGAAAACGAAAUGACAGAACUAUGCACAAAGAUAUAUUUUGUGGAGCCUUUGGCAUGGAUGCCGGACAUAAUGCACAAUGUGGAAGGAAAGUUGAAUUGUCCAAAGUGUAAUACAAAGUUAGGCUCUUUUAGUUGGAUAGCCGGUAGUCAGUGCCCGUGCGGUAGCAAAAUAGCUCCGGCGUUUUACUUAGUUCCGUCUAAAGUCGAUUGGAGUAAUGCCGUUCAGAAUGUACAGGUAACGGUAUAGUACCAAAGAUUAAUAUAUCAUUUAUGAUUCCAUGGACGGAUAAUUACAAUAAUUACCGUUAUCGUAGCUGUCAUUGUAUUAACGGUAAAUCUGCUGAACAUUUGUAUUAUACUUUUAUCAUGAAGCAUAUUCGAUAAAAAAUAAUAAGAUGUUUGUAACAACAAUUUAUAAUCAACAAUUUAUAAUGUAAUGAUGUAAUCGAUAUUAAUAUUUACGUCUUACGUUGAAUAGUUGUCUGUCGCGCAUAAUCUAGCGAUUAUCAUACAUACGUACCCAAUUUAUAAUUAAUGAUAUUUCUUACGGUAUUAUUAAGAAAAUUAUACGUAUAUCUAAUCAGCUGAUGUUGCCAAUACUACAUGCAUUCGCAUAUUAUCUCAUUUGCCGAAGUAUACAUGGAUAUGUAUAUACAGAAUACAGUGAAUCUCGUUAA